ACGGUCAGUUGACAUUCCACUUCUACUCUAACCGAUGGAUUAGUGGGCAAAUAGUUUUGCACUUGAAGAUAAGUUGAAUGUAACUAAGCAAAAUCCUUUCCUUCUAAGAUUAUAUAGUGCAGAGAGUUAGGGUUUAAGGAAAGGUUUAGUAAUGGAAGGCAACAACCUGGAACAAACACUCCAAGAAGGGAAACUUUACAGGCAACUGAAUUCCCUCAUCGUUGCUCAUCUUCGCCAUCACAAUCUCACCCAAGCUGCAAGAGCUGUGGCUGCAGCAACAAUGACUCCUCUAGACGUUGAAGCCCCUCCUAACAAGCUUCUUGAACUUGUUGCUAAGGGUCUUGCAGUGGAGAAAGAUGAGAUGUUAAGAGGGGUUUCUUCUUCUACAUUGUUUGAUCUUGGGGGAGCUUUGGCUUCUGGCUCGCUUCCGGCUCCUCGGGUUUCUUCUGUUGACUUUAGUGCUGUGCAGGAUACCAAAGGCUCAUCAAAGAGCUUUCCAAAGCAUGAGACAAGGCAUCUUUCCGAGCACAAGAAUAUUGCGAGGUGUGCAAGGUUUAGUCCUGAUGGGAGGUUUGUUGCUACUGGAAGUGCUGACACAUCAAUUAAGCUCUUUGAGAUAUCAAAAAUAAAGCAAAUGAUGCUGCCAGAUUCAAAGGAUGGUCCUGUGCGACCAGUCAUAAGGACAUUUUAUGACCAUGUACAGCCAAUAAAUGAUUUGGAUUUCCAUCCUCAGAGUACUGUGCUGAUAUCUGGGGCAAAAGAUCACACAAUAAAGUUCUUUGAUUUUUCCAAAGCUACUGCAAAGAGAGCCUUCAGAGUUAUCCAGGAUACUCACAAUGUACGAUCUGUAUCUUUCCAUCCAUCUGGUGAUUUCCUUCUAGCAGGAACUGAUCAUUCAAUAGCACACUUGUACGAUGUUAAUACGUUCCAAUGUUAUCUAUCUGCAAAUCCCCCAGAGAUUGGUGUUAAUGGAGCCAUUAAUCAGGUGAGAUAUUCUUCUAGAGGUGGCAUAUAUGUUACUGCAUCUAAAGAUGGUGCUAUUCGGUUAUGGGAUGGAAUAAGUGCCAGUUGUGUGCGCUCCAUAGUUGGUGCACAUGGAACAGCAGAGGCCACAAGUGCAUGUUUUACAAAGGAUCAAAGGUUUGUUCUUUCUUGUGGAAAGGAUUCAACUGUAAAGCUUUGGGAGAUUGGCACUGGAAGAUUGGUCAAACAAUAUCUUGGAUCUACUCACAUACAAUCGCGGUGCCAGGCCGUUUUUAAUGAUACUGAAGAGUUUGUGCUAUCUAUAGAUGAACCUAGCAAUGAGAUUGUUAUUUGGGAUGCGUUGACAGCAGAAAAAGUGGCAAAGUGGCCUUCCAACCAUAUUGGUGCACCUCGUUGGAUCGAGCACUCACCAACAGAGGCUGCCUUCAUUUCCUGUGGGACUGACAGAUCUGUUCGGUUCUGGAAGGAAAUUCUCUGAGCACACGGAAAUUGGAGUGGUCUGGGGAACCUAAUUGAGCUGACUUGGCAAAACCUAAAUGCAUGAUAAGUGUGGCUGCCCCUGCCUGAAAUUCUUUUGUGUAUUCAGAGUUUAGAUCUUAAGGCAAAUCUUUGGAGUACACUGUACACGUAGUGACCCCUGAGGCACAUUUCUCCUUUUCUCUUUUUUUCCACCAAAUGGAGACAACAUGCAUCGCACGCCCUACUUAAUUUCAUUCGAUUUUUGGUUAUCAUGUUUGAUCAGUGCUGUAAUUAUGGAUUGUUUUAGGAACACAUCCCUGUAAAAGGAAAUACGUGAGCCUAGGGAAGUUGGCCCCAGUUGUAAGCCCAUUUUACAGUUUAAUAAUGGCACUAUCCAUAUGCUUAAUAUUUCGGUUUCACAUUGAUUUUUAAGUAUUUUCUUUGUUUUCUCCCAAGAUAAUCAUGUAAAUGAUGAAAUUUUAUGAAGUGUCUUAUCCUGGCAGAUCAGUUGAUAUAAAGGCAAGCCUCAAAAGACCUCUCAAAGUUUGGCGGGGUUCCAUGUUUCAUUUUGACGUGUUUUACACGCAGAAGUUCCUUGGGUUCGACAUUUAACAUUCAACUGAAACAAAGAGAUUCGUCAUUUGAGUGUAGAUCAAGUGGCACAGUUCAUCUUCCUGGUUUUCAAAAUGUUCGAGCUACACAAAUUCAGUGGAGUAGGGAGUAAGGGUACACCCUGAAACAUGGCUGCCUUUGCAGCGUCACUGCUUCAUGGAAGUGUCAUGUUUCUUCAAUUCAAACCGUUCCAUGAAAUUACAGCACUUCAGGAUCAUUCCCACGUAUGAUAAAGCAUGCAUGUCCUCAGAAGAUGUGGAAUAACAUAAUAGAUAGAUGAUUUCUAAUAAGAGAAAACCAGGGUACUCUUUGGAAAUGAGGAAUGACGAAUUGUAAAUUUUACAGAACUUGAAAGCUGAACAAAUUCACAGACGGACCGAAUUCAACUGGUCUUGCUUUCAGCACGAUAAUAACCUUUCAGGCCUCAGGGAAACGAAACCCUCAACAAACCAGAGAGGGACAUCAAUUCAGUCGUUUCCUAAUAAGCCAUCGCCUAGUCAAUGCCAUUCUCCCAUGGGGCACGUCCAUUCAUUUUUGGCCAAUCUGUUAUGCAACAAAUGGUAGCUGAAAGUCCUACACUGAUUCGACAGCUUUGCCAUCUACAUUAUCAUGUUGCCCAUCUCAUUUCUUCAUUUAUUCAGGAGAGCUCCUUAUAUCCAAACAAGGAAAUGAGGUAUGGUGAACUUUAUCAAUGUCAUAAGUCUGAUCAUUUUCCAACAUCUUUCCAGUUAUCCAACAAAAGCAAAAACAUGGAUCUGAAGAGAAAGAUUUCACUAGUAAAUUCUGUAAACUCAACGGGUACUCAGAAGAAUAAUGCAGAACCUGUAAAGCAAGACCGAACUUGAACCUAUAUAAGUGAAAACAAAAAUACACUGUGGCACUGGCAAUCGAUCAUGCUACGAUUCAGCUUACAUAAUUAAGAGAAAACACUUACGCGGUUGAUUUAC